UUUUGACGUUCUCACAAAAAAUUCUAAUCAACUAGAGACCUCAAUCUCAACAAUUAACGUAGAGAAUCCAUCCUCUUGUACGUCAUUAGCAGUGAUAGCAAUUGUACAUAUAAUCUCAAUGUCCUAGCGUGUAGUACAAAAGACUCGUUGUAGCUCCAAGGCCACUCUGCUCAAUGAGCCGAUUGAUAUGGCCUUACUACACUUGUACUUUUUUUAGAAAACAGCCUCAAUACGGCCUAAAGUUAUGGUAUCGAUAUUUUAUACCUGAUUCGUAUGCUUCGGUUGAUAUUUGGAACGCUCGGCUCUCUAGUGAUAUUUUCCGAAAUAUUUCAGCUCGUAAUCAUGGUUUAAAGUUACUGCAGAAAAUUAAUUCUGGAAAAGUCGUGUCACCACUGGACUAUGACAUAUUCGCAAAUAAACUAGAUGAACUAGAUGUCAAGUCCUUAGAUUUUGUUGAAGAAGUCAUCAUGAGCUAUAUGAAUACUCAGUCUGCGGUGGACGUAAGGGAUUCAACAUCUCAUGCGUUUAUUCGAGGCUAUUUGAAUUUCCGAGAAGUUGACAGAUUACUAAAAUUAAUCGAAUGUAGAUCAAAAACAGGAAUUUUUGUAGAUUUUGCCUCUGCAGUUCUCAUGAUGGACGUGUUUUUACGAAAAGGUGAAUGGAAUUCUGCUAUUGCAGUUUCUUGGGAACUCUGCCUUCAGGAAUAUUUCAGCUUAGAGAAUGUUAGACCACUUGUCCUUGCUACUUCACUUUUUUCAUGCAUGAAGUCAAUAGAACAUGAUUCGUACGUGGUCAAAGAAUCUGAACCGGCCGAUGACAAAGAGAUUGAACAAAAAUUGGUUCCUUAUGUUAGAAACCCAAGCUAUGAUAACUUUUUCGAUAUAAAGCACCCUAAGUUGAAGACUGGUUAUACGCUCUUGCAUUUGUCUCAUGUACUAAACAGUCGAUGCUCACUUUUUCAAACUACCCCAGUAUGGAAUAGCCUAUCUAAAUAUGUGGAUAGUUUGCGUUUAAUGAUGAGAAUUUUCGGACUUGCUCUUUCUGAACAGUGCGACAAAUUAUUAGUUGAACUGAGAAAAAUGGAUGAUUCAGCAAUACAGUUAGGAGGAUUCGAUACUAUUGUGACGGAAAAGUUAAUAAGGAUUGUUGAUACUUGUGAAACCCGAUCCGAUGACUCGUCUCUAAAGCCAGGAGAACCACAGCUUCCAAGCGUAUCAGAUGUAAAAUCAGUGCAGAAUGAACUUGUGCGUGUUCAGGGUGGAUCACAAUGUACCACACCAAACUUUUUUAAAGUGGCCGAAGAGUUUAUCUUCAAUGGAGUAAUUAAUAACUCAGACUGUAUGAAGCAGGAAUUAGAGGCAGUUUCUGACUUGUAUAGUAAAUUUGAUGAAGAACGGAGAAAAGAAUAUACUGAAGCUGUCAAAAUGCAAAAAUAUGAAAAAGUUGUUAAAAAAACCAAAGAAAAGCUAAGAGAAAUCCUAGAUAAAGAGGAACAAAUAACGUACUUCCAGAAUAAUACGAAAAUAAUAAAGGAUGCAUGGUUAGCACCCCGAACACGUCAAGAAGCUCGUUGGUCAAGACUGAAGGAGUGGAGAAGUGAAAUUCUUUCUCAAAGACAAAAGCAGGAUAAUAGUUCGCCUGUUCAAUGAAUGUGAAACUGUACAUAUAUACUUUUAAUAGUAAUACGUUUAUAUGCGAAAUUGAUUGAUGUACAUCAUAUUGGUUACCCAAUAUUAUUAUCUCCAUAAGGUAGAUGUACAGAUGCACCCGUUUUUAAUGGAAACUUUGAUUGAUAGGUAUUUAAAAU